UCAAUCUCCUUCCUCUUCCCCAUCCAAUAUUUAAACCAGCUUUCGUUGAAAAAAAUAUUAUAACAAAACAUCUUUUUCAUAUACAAUGGCUAAGGUGUCUCUGUCAUGUUUCUUUCUUCUGCUGGCUCUUUUGUUUGUAAAUAUUAAUGGUUCCGAGGCAGAGGAAAAAGUUGGAGUUUAUGAGCUGAAGAGAGGAAAGUUUUCUGUGAAGCUCACCAACUAUGGUGCAGUUGUGCUGUCUGUUAAUCUCCCUGAUAAAUUCGGGAAAAUAGAUGAUGUUGUUCUUGGAUUCGACUCAGUUAAGGAGUACAAGAAUGAUUCAACCUACUUUGGGGCCAUUGUUGGUCGCGUUGCUAACAGAAUUGGAGAGGCUCAAUUCACUUUGAAUGGCAAAAAGUAUAAAUUACCUGCUAAUGACGGGAAGAAUACGCUCCAUGGUGGCCCCAGAGGAUAUAGUGACGUUGUUUGGACUGUAAAGAGCUAUAGACCAGAUAGUCAUAUAACAUUCACCUAUCACAGUUCUGAUGGUGAAGAAGGCUUUCCUGGUGAUCUUUCUGUCUCAGUGACAUACGAGCUUAUUCAGAAAAACAAAUUAGCUGUAAUAAUGGGAGCCAAGGCUCUCAACAAGGCCACACCAGUGAAUUUAGCCCAACACACUUACUGGAAUCUUGGUGGCCAAGCGAGUGGCAAUAUCUUGUCACACAGUCUCCAGCUUUUCGGGUCAAAGAUUACUUCGGUCGACGACCAACUCAUCCCGACCGGCAAAAUUGACCCCGUCAAAGGAACGCCAUACGAUUUCCUUGAACCCCGUCAGAUUGGUAGCAGGUUGAAGGAGCUAUCUAAUGGAUAUGACAUCAACUAUGUGCUAGACAGUGGCAGUCCUCUUCACCUGAAGAAGGCGGCCGUGGUCCAUGAAAGUAAAUCAGGGAGGAAAAUGGAGCUGUGGACUAAUAAACCUGGUGUGCAGUUUUACACCGGUAACUUGCUGCAUAAUUUGAAGGGGAAAGGUGGUUUCGUUUAUUCACAACAUGCUGCCCUCUGCUUGGAGACACAGGGGUUCCCUGACUCUGUUAAUCACCCAAAUUUCCCUUCGCAGAUUGUUAAUCCCGGACAGAUCUAUAAGCAUAUCAUGGUUUACAGAUUCACAGCUCACUAGAAUUUUUUUUAAAAAAAUCUAGUGAAAAACAAUUUAAUAAUAGUGAACUUUGGUCUCUCA